UCUCACGUGGGUGUGGCCGCAAGUAUAAAUAAACCAAAAUAAGUUCCUAAAAGUUGCGGAAAAUAUUUAGAUACAUAUUAGGAAGUUAAGAGUUCCGUGUUGUUAAGCUGAGCCGUUCUUUCCGAUAACUUUCGUCUCAGUUUACCGUAAUUUUGGACUUGGAGCUCAAUUGCGACGGUACAUAUACGUAGGCUGCUGUAUGUGAAAUGGAGAGCCCAGGGGCUGUAAUAGACGUUACAACAGAGUGUAAGGGAGUGACACGAUCUGAUGGGUGUCAUGAUAUUGAUGAACCCUUUUCAACCUGUAGUGCCUCUUUUGAAGGAUCUGUUGCUGCAUCACCAUCGAUUGAAAGCUUCUCAACUUUGCAAGACCAAGAUGACAUUGGUGAUCUACAUGAGGAUGGGCGAGAUCUGCAAAUUAGAGUUGAUAAUCCUCAGAAACACCUCAGUGCGUUAGAGACGUACAUCACAUUUAGAGUAACCACAAAAACAUCAAGAGCAGAGUUCGAGGAAACUGAGUAUAUGGUUCGUAGAAGAUUCAAUGACUUUCUUUGGCUCCGAGAAAAUUUAGUUCGAAGUUACCCCAAUAACCUCAUUCCACCACUGCCAGGAAAACAUUCACUUAUUGGUCAGCUCGACAGAUAUUCUAAGGAAUUCAUUCUUCAUCGCAUGGCCAUGCUUCACAAGUUCAUGAACAGAUUAGCUGACCACCCUGUUCUGUGCUUUGAUGCUAACUUGAAAGGAUUUUUAUCAGCAAAACCAACAGAUUUCACACAACUUCGAAGGAGCAAGCAAGGAUUGAUUAGCAGAUGGACUGAUUCACUGCAAAAUAUUUCUGGAAUAUACUUGGCGAAAGGCCGACCUCAAGACUUUGAAGAAAUGCUGAAUUACUCUCAGCUUCUUUCAGAAAAAUUGACAAGCAUUGAGAAAAUAAGCAACAGAAUUAACAAGGAACUGGAAGAACAUCUUUCUGAAAAUCUACAACUCCAGCCUGUGUUCAACCUCUGGUCCACUACUGAGCCAGAACUAGAUCAUAUCCUUUCAUCGAUUGGCCAAGCUUAUGAAUCAAUAAGCACCGAAGAGCAGACUAUGAUUAAUGAGUACCCACACAUUAUCAGCCAACCUUUGAAAGAGUUCCUCUUGUACAUAGAUGCAUUGAAAGAAUCGCUUGAUAGAAGAGAUGCUGCUCAGAUUGAAUACGAGCUAGUGUUGGAGGAAUUAGGCAAAAAAAGGGCAGAAAAACAGCUCCUCCAAAAUGAUCUUGGACCAAGUUCAGAAUCAAUUGGCCAUAGUUUAGCCUUCUGGAAAGUGCCAGAAAACAAAGAGGACAGACUUCAAAAGUUAAGCGCAGCCAUUGGAGACUUAAUGAAGCAAACUGAGGAAAAACAAGACUUAACUGAAUGUGCCAAUGAGAGUCUUAGGGCUGAUUUUGAACGGUGGCAUUUGGAAAAAAGAAGAGAUCUGAAGCAACUUUUUAUUAGUAUGGCUGAUGCGCAAAUAAAAUUCCAUGAGAAGUCUCAGUCUGCCUGGGAGCAAGUCUUACAGGACAUCAAUAAAGAGGUUCGUCCAUCAAACUGAUCUUUCUGACUGACAUUACUAAAAUAAAUCAUGGACUGAUUCUGCAGUAUGAAUGUGAUCUCCAUGGAUUUAGUUAAUCUAGUAAGCAAAUUGAUAAUGCGGUUAAAUUCGAUAUUUGUUGUUAUAAAAAUAUUGAAAUGUUGGGGAGAGAUAUUUAUCCUUGAAUAGUAUUUUGUUUUUUCAUCAAAUAAAUAACUGUAUUGAACCAUUAAA